CUCAUCGCAACCGUAGACAAAACAGAGGCGCUCCUGGGGCGUCAGCUAAUAUUUGUUUUUUUAAACUUUUAAAGAAUACAUUUGUUUGUUAUAAGCCGCUGUAGCCAAAAGUGACUGAGCUACUUUUAUUGAUGUGAUAGAAAAUUGCUGCAGUAGUAGAAAAAUAGAUAGCAGUACAUAUGUCAUUUUAAAUUUGCAAUGUUUUUGUUUUCGAAAUGGAAAUAAUGUUUGCGACAUUUUUCGUGUGAGAUGACGUUAAUCUUGCCUGCCCGGAACUGAGAUGACAUGGCUUGUUUACAGAAGCUGCCACCGUGCAAUCACCUGAGAGCCAGCACGACAUUUUCGCAAGGCUCUGAUCGAGAUGGAAACCAUCCAAGCCUCCAGUGAUGUUCUCCUUCAGCAUCCGUGGCUUCCCAUGGCCAUUGAUGGUUGCAACCUGCUGGUCAAGAGCUGCUUUGCAGAGACGACGUACCGCAUCCUGCUAACUGACAUGCACUGCGUUUGGCAGGAGACCAUGCAGUCGGCGGCCAUCCAGAGCCGCGCUCAGGAGCUGAACAAGCGUUUGCAAGCCCCCGUCAAAGCCUUUUUCUCGCACCUGUGCGAGGUGGUGCGGCCCUGUCUGUCCGGCAGCGGUCAGCCGAGCGAGAGCCAAGUUGGCAUCACUGUGAUGCGGCCUGAAGGAGGCGACUUGUGCUUGAGGCUGAAGAGCAAGCUAGCGGAGCUGCCGUUCUACUGGGAGUUUCGCUGCACCCCCGCUCCAGUCGCUGUGGUAUGUCUUCAUCUGGUGCAGCCCCUGUUGUCCAUGAGCCACGUGCUGCAGCAGCAGGUGGAAGAGCUGGAAGAGUUGCUGGUCACCAAGGAUGCCGAGAUCCAAGACUACAAGGAGAAUGGAGCCACACUCAGCAGAGCGCGUCUGCAGACAGACAUUUUCGAGCGGCACACCUACAAAGUCGGUUUCCUGGCAAAGACUCUUGCUGUGGUUUGUUCUGAUGAUCACGGUGUGAAGAACUUCGGAGAUGACCUCCGAGAGCUUUACACCGCCAUCGUCGCACACGGAAGCAAACUGUCGGAGCAGGACCAGUUGGUUGCAGCAGAUCCGGAUCCCGCAACUUCCUCAGGCCCGAAGAACAUUUGCGUGUUUGGGCCUCGGCAUCAUGCAGGCGUUGAAGCGUGUGCUGAAGGAGGAGAAGCUGACGACAAGCAGAACCGGAGCAGCCCAGUGGCGGAAGCAAGAGACCACAUCGUCCACACAGCCCCGGCACAGCAGCUCAUCACCUGCGGCCGUGCUGAGCGAACGUCUUCCAAAGCAAAGAAGAAGAAAGUGGUGGGCUUGUUCCGAUGAGCGCCAUUUUCAAUCAAUUAUUUUUAAAUAGCUUUUAAUCUUAUAGAAUCAAUGGCAAUGAUUUUAUCGCGGGAGGUAGGCUUUUUAAUCUGAGAUUUCAUAUUUUAAAUAAAUAAAUGAAUUAAUUUUCUAUUUAAUCUAAUAAACUGCGCAAUAAGUCAUUUAUUUGUUGAAUCAGCUGUAGACAAUGCUUAUUAAAACUAUUUAACCCAA